CCUGGUGUGCUUGGAGGAGGGGAAGACGGAAGCGGGGGGGGGGGGAGGAGACACCCCUUGACCGAGUACGGAGGGCAGUAUGGGGGAUGCUGUAUGCCGAUGAUGCCGGCGUCGUAUCGAGGUCUGCAGAAGGACUGGCGAGAAUGAUGACCAUCAUCGUUGAGGUGUUCGGGGAGUUCGGGCUAACGGUGUCGGAGAAGAAGACGGAGACGCUCCUGAUGCGCGCGAAGGACAAGCCGACUACAACAUCACAGCCCCCCCCGCCUCCACCGCUGACCAUGGAAGCCGCGGGACAGAAAUACGCCCAGACUACCGAGUUCCGAUACCUCGGUGGCCUGGUCAACGAACAUGGCGACCUCACCCGGGAGAUCAAGUACAGGAGCAGAGGAGCGUGGGCGUGGCUCAGGCGAUAUGGCCGGGAGCUCUUCGACAGACCGAAAGCGCCAUUCCGACUCAACAUCCGCCUACUCCAGGCGGAGGCGAUGGGGGCACUGCUGUACGGCCGCAUGACAUGGUCACCACUCAGCGGCCACUAUCAGACGCUGCGGUCGAUACACCACCGACUGCUCCUUCGAGUUAUCGGGGACGAGCGCAAGAAAGACACCUACCGGCAGCUCUCUUACGCCCAGACGCUGAAGAGGAUCGGAUGCCAGAGCGCUGAAGCCACAAUCCGACAACGACGCCUACUGUUCGCGGGAGCAUUGGCAAGGCAGCCGGACGGGCGACUCCCGAAACGGCUGAUGCUCGGCGAACUGGCGGGGGGGAGAAGCGACGUAGGGGGGGACAGGAACAGAACUGGCCAAAGUGUGAGCUCGACGACCUGA